AUGCACUCUUUACGCAAGCUGAAAGAUAGGAAGAGAGCUCUUGCGCAGCAGACUACCAUCACUGUCAGCACGUCCGUUGACGUUAAGCUCAAGACUCAGGCAUUGGACAUUGCGAACCUUAAGAAGGAGCGUGAUGAUAUCAAGAGGGAGCUACUUGAACUUAACAAGACGCGAGAGGAGGAGCAUAAUGGUCUCACGAACCGGCUGGUGCAGGUGGAGGGAUUGUCUACACGCGUUGAUAGCCUCACGAACAAAACAGAGACCCUCAACAUUGUCAACGCAGCCGCCAAGCCUUUAGCAACACGAUUAGAAGCACUAGAGGUUUCGGCUGCCGAACUUCCAAGCUUACGGCAGGAGUUGCAGGACCUGAAAACUGUGCCAGAACGCUUAGCUGCAGUAGAGAGCAAGCGAACUACUCAUCAGGCGGGACCAGAGUCCAACGGUUCUAACAACCUAGGGACCUCGCAGCUGAAGCCGCUAUCCGACAGGCUCGAUGGGCUUAGAACUACCUCUUCACAGCAGGCGAAUCUUAUUACGGAGCUGAAGAUGGCGACAGCACUACAGAAGACUGAGAUUGAAAGUCUGAAGACGUGGAAAAACGCGCAGCCUACACCACUAUCCGAACACACUGUCAGAGAGCUUAUCACGGCCGAGACCAGAGCAACAGCCAAGAACCUAAACGACAAAAUCAAGGAUGUGAACACCCGGCUUUCCGAACGCAUCACCAACCAUCAGGACUUGAUUCUCGCCUUUCAGACUUUCAAAGAGACCGUUGAGAGUAAAAACUUCUCUGAACAACUCAACGCUUUGAGCGACAAGAUCAAAGAAGUUGAGGGAAAUGGCGACAGGACGUACGCAAAGGCCAACCGUCUGCAGACGAGAAUAGAGGACCUAGAAGACGAACUCCACCCAGACAGUAUCGACACUUUGAAGGAAGUGGUAGAGAAGGUCGAGAAGCUCAGAAGCAGAGUGGAUAAAUACCGUGAUGCGCUCGGCGAAGACAGAGAGGAAGUCGAGAAUGUGCGAGCGGGCCUGAAGGACCUCCGGGAAGAAUCAAGGGGCCUGAAGGAAAAGACAAAGAGUACACAAAAGGAUCUCAGCCUCCUCCAAGGAGAUUUCGACGAGCUUGAGAAAGACAUCGUCAAGUACAUUGGACCUAUCAAGGGGGACUACGAGAAGACAAACUUCACCCUGUCGCAAAGGAUCGCGAACCUGCAGGGCACUGUAACCCAAGCCGAGUUGGGAAGGCUCCCCGCUCGCCUCAGUGAGCUGGAUAAAUCUGCACGUCUGUCAGAGAAGCUUCUGGGUCGCGUCGAUGAACUGGAAAAAGCUCCACGGGGUCCUCACUUUAAGAAGGUCGGGACAACUGUUGCGACUUAUUCUCCUGCUCCAAUCACUCCGCCUGUGACCAAUGCAGAUACAGAGGUCUCGAAUCUCAAGAAAUCGCUGCAAGAGCUUCGCAAAGUUGUGGAAGGCACCGGUGGCUUGACGACCCAGGCUCAGGCAAUCUUCGAGCGUCUGAACAGCAUGGAAGCCACUCUGGCCAGCGCUCGACCACUCGACAGUGUGGAGCAGAGUGUGGAGACAAUAGAGACGACCAUGGACAAGACCUCAGUCAAGACGCUGGAAAAGGCAGCAGAAAAGAAGGUCAAAGCUCUGAUAACGAGCGAGCGCAAGGCUAUCGACAGGGAUGUCGAGGAAGUGAACACCCGCCUCUCCCAAGAGAUUUCUGAUCUUCGCAAACUAACGGAAACUCGUAUGGAAGCGAUGCAAGCUCUCCGCAAUCGAUCACGUGAACCCGAUUUCGCGGCGUCGUCAGCUGAUGCGAGAACAGCGCCGUCCGAGAUGAGCGAUCUCAACACCAUCACAGAGGAUAUUGAAACGCUGUUCGAGAAACUCGAGACUGCAAAUGCCACUAUCUCGGCUGUGCAGGACGUCGCCCCCACCCUCUUCAACGAACAAUUCGACCCACUCAAGCGCAAAAUUGAAGAGCAGCUCAGUACCGUCACUGCCACAAUGGAAACCCAUGCCCGCAAUCUAUCAGCUUUGAUGGAACAAGUAUCGAAGUCUCCUACACAACAGAAUGGCUUCGGCCAAGCCCAACAAGCUCAGCUCAAUACCAUGUUGGCAGAAGUAACGUCAUUGAGGACGGACUUUGCGACUCUUCGAUCGUCUCUGUCGACCAAGGCCGACUCUGCAUCGGUGGAGAAAGACCUGGAUACUUUCACCUCCGCAAUACGCAACAUAGAGAGCCGAUACGAGAACAUCAGCACUGACACCAUGUAUCAGGGCAUGGUCCGCUGGUUUACCGAAAUGUACCCCGGUCUGCCACGACUCCAGGAAGACAUCCACCGAGUGCAGAACUGGAUAGCGAAUCGCGCGAACGUUCUCGACCGCCUGGACCAAGACGCUACUCAACUGCAUGGUCUUGUGAACAUCGCUCCGCACUUGCACGAGAUUGCAAACAUCAGUCCGCAAUUGAAACAAAUGGUCACCGACGCUGCUCAACUCCAGUCCGCUAUGCAGGCUCAUGGCGAGAUGUCGAGUGCGUUGACCAAAAUUGAUCAAGCUAGCUCUGAUGCCACCCUGGCAAUCUCCAAGGCUGAGGAGGCAAUGCGUGCAGCUAGUAAGGCUGAGCAAGCCAGCUCUGAUGCAAGAACCGCGAGCGACAAGGCCGAUCAAGCCAGUUCUGAUGCAAGAACCGCGAGCGACAAGGCUGAGGAGGUUAUGCGUGCAGCUAGCAAGGCCGAGCAAGCCAGCUCUGAUGCAAGAAGCGCGAGCGACAAGGCUGAGGAGGUCAUGCGUGCAGCUAGCAAGGCCGAGCAAGCCAGCUCUGACGCAAAAACCGCGAGCGACAAGGCCGAGCAAGCCAGCUCUGAUGCAAAAACCGCGAGUGACAGGGCCGACCAGAUUGAGCAACAGCUUAAUGAGCAGAUCAAGACGAUCGAGAACAUCAAGGGCUCAGUGUCUGGAUUACAAAUUUCUUUGCGGAAUCUGCACUCGGCCACAUCUCCCUUCGUCAAAGCGGAGGCUCUUGACGCCCUGCAGGCCACUGUCAAGACACUGCAGACCCAAAUAGGUCAAGAAAAGCAAGAACGCUUGACCAGCACAGGAGAGCUUCGCACUGCCAUCGACGCUGAGCGUACCACACGCGUUGACGAGCAGGCUAAGACCAGAAAGUCCAUCCAAGACCUGAGGCAAGCGAUCGAUGUGGGCAAGAUCAGGAAGUCUAUUCAAGACCUGAAGCAAGCAAUGGAUGUGGACAGGGCCACUUUCGCAAAAGCUGACGUAGUGACUGCAUUGGAGGGUACACUGCGAGCCUUCCAAUCCGAGAUCAGCGACACUCAAACAGCAAAUUCCGAGGCCAUUCAAAACCUGCGUUCAGCAUUCGACACCGACUGCAGCAAGCGCGACACUACGGAGGGAAAUCUCCAAAAGUCCAUCAAGGAGCUGUCUCAGACACCUGCCCGAGCGCCUACCCCAGACAAUGUCCCCUUCGAUAACUUCAAGCGUGUCGUGGUGGGCAAGCUUGCCUCUGAGAAGAAAGCACGUACAGAAUUCGAGGAGAACUUGAAAUCAUCUUUCGGCAUGGUUGAGGGCAAGAUCACAGCUCUACGGCAGGAUACAGCGAAGUACAACAACGAGGUGAAACGAGUCUCAAGUGACCAUGACACCGCAAAGCAAGGGAUCUAUGACCAGCUCGCCGACAUCAACACGGCUGCCGCCGAGUUGCGAGAAGCUUACGACAACACGGUCAAGACUUACAUUGAGCCCAACGGCGAGUUCUUCGGCUUGAUCGGUACCGCCUUCGUAGUCCUCUCGCAACUCCAACAAGUCGUCGAGAGCCUCAACCAGAACCUUCCAGUCGCUCCGUUGAAACUGGAGUGGGACUACUACCUCCCCAGCCACGGUCAGCCCUCCACCAACGGCGAACCCAGCAACUCCAAAGGAAAGGGCAAGAGCAAGCAGUAA